AUGGUAAGUGAAUUAGAAAAAGUAGAAAAACAAUGGAGUCUACAUGCAGAAGAUUGGAAUCAAUGGAUUGGUGAUGAUGGAGAUUCGAAUCGGAAAGAAUCAAGUGAUAUCUAUCUUUGGAAAUAUAUUGGAAAUGUUGAUGAUAAAGUUGUUCUUGAUGCUGGUUGUGGAAAUGGAUAUUUAACAAUAAAGUUUGUUCUUGAAACACGUAUUAAACGAAUAAUUGGAGUUGAUUUAUCAUCAACUAUGAUUAAGAUAGCAAAAGAAAAUAUAGAUCGACGAAUAACACGAGAUGAAGAUCAUAAUAGAAUUGAAUUGUAUCAUGAUUCCAUAACUGAAUUAAAAUCUAUUGAAAAUAAUUCCAUUGAUUUAGUUAUUGCAAAUUAUGUUCUUAUGGAUACACCUGAUCUUGAUUCAGUAAUAAAAGCAUUUGAACGUGUUCUUAAACCAUCGGGUCGUGCAAUCAUUGUCAUUCUUCAUCCAUGUUUUGAUAGUGUACCAGAAAAAAAUGGUUCUAAACGUAUUUAUACAUGGUCAAAAUCUUAUUUUGAUGAAACACCUGAGAAACAAGAAUGGGAAAAAUUUUCACUUCAUAUGUAUCAUCGAUCGUUAUCAGUGUAUUUUCAAACGUUCCACAAAUACGGUUUUACAUUAAUGGAUUUUGAUGAACCGAAAUUUUUCAGUAAAAUUCAUCAAUAUGAUUGUACUUGUGCUGUUUUAUUUCAUUUGAAAAAGAACUAA